UGUCGGAGAUUGAAGAGCGACUUCCGCUGCACGGGGUUAUUUCCCGCCGAAAAGUCAGAUUCUGUGAAGUUGGACAGGCAGCAGUUUCGGCUGAUUGUGAACUGUAUAUUUUGCAUUACAGCAUAUAUUGACAGCAGCGUCGAUGCAUAGGUACGAAAGAAGAUAUCAGGAGAUCUCAUCUGAGGAAGGAGGGUUAUCACCCCAGAGGUGGAGGGCGGAGCAAGCCCCACCGUCCUGGCAGGAUGAAAACCCAGAGGUAAUUCCUGCAAGAAUGGGAUCAGGUGUUGGGAACCAAGGAAGGUGCCCCGACCGCACCUCCAGGGGUUCUCGGGAUUCAAAGUGUCCUCUGGGGUGUGGGGUCAGUACCCGCAAAAUGAGGAACCAUGUGGUAUUGACCCAUCUGCCGCCGGUCUUCCGGCGGGGUGUGCCUUCAACUCCAGAGGUUUCUGCUAUUCGGGAGAGGGCCUUGCGGUGGUUGGCCCAGAUCCUCCUUGGCCCGGAUGUCACCAUUACAGAGCUGGCGUCGACUGUCCGGGCUGAGGAGGUGUUUGUGGACCCCCACUGCAUAUUGACUCCAGAUACGGUUGAGGCCAUGGAUGCUCUGUGUCGUUACGUAGGGGAAACUCCUCCCCCUGUAUACCAGCUGCACGGGGCCCUGCAUCCUGCACUGCUUCUCCACUGGAGGGCACAGGCCAUCCUUCUGAGUUGGCUCACCGAUGACUCUCGGGCGGCCUACAAACGUUUGGCCGCCAGUGAGCGGUUGGCGGGAAAACGCUUGCGUGACUAUUCAAUGCGGGCAUAUACCCUGGGAAAUCGGGCCAAUUCAGGGAACCCACCAAGGCAAAGACAUGGUGUUGAAGCCGGGGGAAACCCCGGCAGCUUGCGAGAGCGAGCUGGUAGGUAUUCUGGUCAGUUGUGUCUGGGACCUGUCGUGGUCUCUAUUAUCUUGGACUUUCCCCAGAAUAAUAUUACUGGAGCUUGCUCCGGUGAAUCCGGGUGAGAGGUUCAGGGAGGAGGGGGAGCUAUGACAACGACAGUAGGAUUAUGAAGCUGGGGGAGAUUCCAGUAUCGUCAACAGAUGUUUCGUCAUCAUUUUGAAAACGCAUUGUAAAUAAGUUCAUUUAUAUAAAGCAAGUUAAAAAACAUU